AUUUGCGUGGAAAAUCCCUUUUUUUUUUGGCGUUUGUAGUUGUAGCAAUUUCCCCCAUAAUCCAUAAAAUUUGUGCCCAAAGUUCGGAUUUUUAGUCGCCGGAUGAGUUUUUGAUCGGAGGAAAAUAGUUUUCCGGCGCCCUCGAUCGCGAUCAUGGAGGAAUCCGAGCUCGAUUUCUCCAAUCCUGAGGUUUUCUCCAGCCAUAAUGUGGGCAACACGCCCACAAGCUGUUCGAUGGAUAGCUUCUUCGACGAGAUCCUCAAAGACACCCACCACCACUCCUGCACCCACACCCACACCUGCAACCCCCCCGGGCGCGACCUCUCGCACACCCACACCUGCUUCCAUGUGCACACCAAGAUCCUCUCCAGCCCCGCCGAUCAAUCCGCGGACUCGGCUGAGAAGAGCCCGUCGAAGAGCCCGUCAGCGUCGUCGAAGAAGCGCCCUUUCGGCAACCGCGAGGCGGUUCGCAAGUACCGUGAGAAGAAGAAGGCGCACACGGCCUCGUUGGAGGACGAGGUGGCCCAAUUGCGGGCGAUGAACGAGCAGCUGACGAGGCGGCUCCAGGGACAAGCCGCGUUGGAGGCGGAGGUGGCGAGGCUCAGGUGCCUGCUUGUUGAUAUCAGAGGGAGGAUUGAGGGGGAGAUCGGAUCUUUUCCGUAUCAGAAGAUCGCGAGAGCUGGUGCGGAGGUUGGUGGGCGAUCGGUUUCGGAUAUGAGGCAGGGGAAUUUGAUCGGCGGCGGCGGGGGGGGCGGCGGCGGCGGUGCCCAGGUUGUGAAUUCUUGUGAUUUUCCGUGUGAUGAUCAGAUGUACUGCUUUAAUGUGGGAGUACAGGGGAGGGCUGUGGGUGAGAAUGGCGCGGUGAACGGUCAAGGCUUCGGUGUCUGUGAGAUGGCCAAUGUCGAGUGCAUGGGGAAUGGAUCGAAGAGCUUUGUUGGUUGCGGACCUGGGAGUGUGAUGACUGCGGGCUGUUCGUCGAAUGCUGAGAAAAAUUGAAGGAACUCAUGCAACAACGCGAGGUUCAUACUAUGCAAACAACAAGCUGAUCUGACGCUUUUAUUAGCGGUAGCGAACUAUCUAUGAAAUAUUCCAUCGACUUUUUGUAGAUUUUCCCCCUUAAUUUAGCGUUGGUAUUCAUAUUUGGUGUUCUUAUGUUCAGUAGAAAUAUCCUCUAUCAUUUCUUUCAACCGCCGAAGUUAACUCCUGCGUUCUGGGUGAUCUUUCUUUGAUUGUCCUUUUUCUUUUCUUGGUUCUUUGUAUGUAUAUUUUUCAGGAAGCAACUCUUUAAUCAAUCUACGCGCCUUAUUUGCUUGGCCGUUGUUGUC